CACGCACACACUGUCUCCAACCAACCAAACCAAACCAAGGAUAAUCUGUAACUGUCUUCAAUCCAAGCUUAGAUUGUUUUACUGUUACACCAUUCCUAGGUACCAUUUGCACCACUCUUUCUUCUUCAAUCAAUGGCAGCAACCUCAACAUCCCUCUUCUCCUCAAAUCUCCAUUCUCUCAACUCACAACCUUUCUCUUCCUCACUCUCCUUCCGAAAUGUCCAUUCCACCCUCUCUUUCCCUUCUUCUAAACCCUCCCGUGGCGUUGUAGCCAUGGCUGGCUCUGGCAAGUUCUUUGUUGGUGGCAAUUGGAAGUGUAAUGGGACCAAAGACUCCAUCAGAAAGCUUGUCUCUGACUUGAACAGUGCAACAUUGGAGUCUGAUGUUGAUGUUGUUGUUGCACCUCCCUUUGUGUACAUCGAUCAGGUGAAAAACUCAAUUACAGAUAGGAUUGAAAUUUCUGCCCAGAAUUCUUGGGUGGGAAAAGGUGGGGCUUUCACGGGAGAAAUCAGUGUGGAGCAACUAAAAGACCUUGGCUGCAAGUGGGUUAUUCUUGGACAUUCUGAGCGAAGACAUGUAAUUGGAGAAAAUGAUGAGUUUAUAGGGAAGAAGGCUGUCUAUGCUUUGAGUGAGGGUCUAGGUGUGAUAGCAUGUAUUGGGGAACUGUUACAAGAAAGAGAAGCUGGGAAAACUUUCGAUGUUUGUUUUCAGCAAUUGAAGGCUUUUGCAGAUGUAGUGCCAAGUUGGGAUAAUAUAGUUAUUGCAUAUGAGCCUGUAUGGGCAAUUGGAACUGGCAAAGUGGCCACACCCGAGCAAGCCCAGGAAGUCCAUGCAGCUGUUCGUGACUGGCUUAAGAAGAAUGUCUCGGCUGAAGUUUCAUCUAAAACGCGAAUUAUUUAUGGAGGGUCUGUAAAUGCGAGCAACAGUGCUGAGCUCGCGAAGCAAGAAGAUAUUGAUGGAUUUCUUGUUGGUGGUGCUUCAUUAAAGGGUCCUGAGUUUGCUACCAUUAUCAAUUCAGUCACAUCCAAGAAAGUUGUGGCUUAAUUACUUAUUAUGGUUUUCAAGAGCGCAUUAAAAAUGUGGCAAUAACAUGGGUGUAUUAUGAGUUUUAUUUGUAUCCCUUCUAUGGCUAUGAUACCUGCGUUUAGUUUGCUACUUCGAAGAAAUAAUCGUUUAUUUUUGUCAGCACCCAGAGGCUUGAGAGAACUUUUGAAAAAUAAACGAUUAUUUCUCAAAAUUCAAGUGUUUCUAAACAUGUAAGGUAUGAGAAACAUUCUCCUUUUCUCAUGAGCCAUGUUUUCUUCAUUUCUUGGAACAAUUCCAUAUACGAAAAUGUGCUAAAGGCAAUAAAUGUUCCUGAAUUGCUGAA